GAGAGUGGCGGCGAGGGCCCGGCCGGCUCCGCGGUUCGUGCGGCGGGAUCAGGGCCGGCGCUCUACGAGCAGGGAGGUGAGGGAAGAGGGGCAGGAGGAUGACGCGCAGGGCCGCCGCUACCCCCGAUGGCCGCGGCCUGAGAGGCACGAAGUAAGCCGGAGGCCCCGCGCCCUCCCAGCCCUUCCCGCUCCCUCCGAGGCGCCCGUCGGGUGGGCCCCAGCGCUCUGGCCCCGUCAGGCCCCUUUUCACUGCGCUGCGGUGGGCGGAGGCGGAGGAAGGAGAAGCCCAUGGAAGGGAACCGCGACGAGGCCGAGAAAUGCAUCGGCAUCGCCCGAGAAGCCCUGGAGACCGGCAACCGGGAGCGGGCGCUGCGCUUCCUCAACAAGGCCCAGAAGCUCUACCCGACCGAGACCGCCAAAGUAUUGUUGGAAGCAAUUAUGAAGAAUGGGAGUGCUGCUGGGAGUGGCGAUUACUGUCGAAAGCCAGCAAGCGGUAAUGAUCAGAGUAAACCCAAUGGCAUGAAGGACAGCAGUGCAUCGGCUGCAGGUGAAAGUGGGAAGGCUCACACCAAAGAGCAAGUGGAAGGCGUACAGAGUAUAAAGAAAUGUAAAAAUUACUAUGAAGUCCUUGGCGUGUCCAAAGAUGCAGGUGAAGAAGACUUGAAGAAAGCUUAUAGAAAGCUAGCUCUGAAGUUUCAUCCUGACAAAAACCAUGCACCAGGAGCAACAGAUGCUUUUAAAAAGAUUGGAAAUGCGUAUGCUGUGUUAAGCAAUCCAGAAAAACGAAAGCAGUAUGACCUUACAGGCAGUGAAGAGCCAUGCAGUCAUCCCAGCAAUGGUAGAUUUAAUUUCCACAGGGGGUAUGAAGCAGACAUUACUCCAGAGGACCUAUUCAACAUGUUCUUUGGAGGAGCAUUUCCAACAGGUAGCGUGCAUUCAUUUUCUAAUGGGCGGUCUGGCUACAGACAUCACAAUCAGCAUCGUCACAGCGGACAUGAAAGAGAGGAGGAGAGGGGUGAUGGCGGCUUCUCUAUGUUCAUCCAGCUGAUGCCAAUUAUUGUGUUGAUUCUCGUCUCUUUGUUGAGCCAGUUAAUGGUGUCUAACCCUCCUUACUCCUUAUACCCAAGAUCGAGUUCCGGUCAGACCAUUCAGAUGCAGACAGAAAAUUUGGGAGUUGCUUAUUAUGUCAACAAGGACUUUAAACAUGAAUACAACGGAGCAUCACUUCAAAAGGUGGAAAAGAAUGUGGAAGAGGACUACGUAUCCAAUAUUCGAAAUAACUGUUGGAAAGAGAGGCAACAAAAAACAGAUUUAUUAUAUGCAGCAAAAGUGUAUCGGGAUGAACGUCUUCGGAGGAAAGCAGAAGCCAUUUCCAUGGACAACUGCAAAGAGCUGGAACGGUUGACCAGUAUCUAUCGAGGAGGAUGAGCUAGAUUUUUGGCCUGUGCUACUUGAAGUACAUGCUUUCUCUAUGUAUAAAAACAACACAAAUCUGUACACUGAGAAAAUACUAUUCAGUCAUAAAAGCUGAAAAGAGAGGGGGAUGUAAAACUCUACUGUGUAGCUGUUUCCAAAAACCGUAUGCUGAAAUACUGGUAUCAUUAAUAGUCUGUUUACUUAGUCUAAACUAUAGGGCAAGGUUUGUUUACAUCAUUGAAUUGUCAUUUAAGUUUUACUCCCCAAGCUUCUGUGAACUUUUUUCUGCAAGGAAGCAGCAGCUCAGUUGGGCUACUACACUUGUAGAUAUGUAGACCAUAUAGCAAUUCUCCUUCUGAAAUACUUGCCAUGUAAAUAUGUGUGGGAAAAGAACAUUUUUGUGUAUAUAAAAAUGUUAAGGAAAUCUCAAAGGCAUUUAGAUGCAUUAAAUCUUUUAAUCUCAUGGAUGGAAUAAAUAUUAUGACUCCAUCAUUCCUUACUCAGAUGUCAUAUAUGUUGAACUGAAAGGGGGAAAGUAACAAUUCCAUCUCUUAGGCAUAAAAGCUUCUAGCUUGAGGGAAGUUGGUAUUUUUUAAAAAUGACUUGACUGUGUAGAUUCCUGGUAUGUUUGGAUAAAGCAGUCUGGUGACAGAGGAUCAGAGUUCUUGUUGUUAUGGCCUUAAUGCUUUAUAUCAAAACAGUGGGAAAAUAGACAACUCGCUUUGGCGGCACAUAUACUAAAAUUGGAACAGACAACUGUACCAGUCUACUGAAUUAAACAUUGACUCCAAAUGAAAAAAGUUGAAUAGUUAGUACUUGGAAUAGUUAAUAGCAUUCUGCUAUUUUGGCGCUCCAGAAGAAUAACCGAUGUAAUGAAGCAAGUGAUGCUAUUGUACAAUCCUGGUUUCUUUUAGUGUGGUUUACAGUCUCUCAUACGUUCUUUAAAAAUUGAAAAAUGGGUGUGAAACUUACAGAGGCGUGCUCUGAAUCCUAAAUACGCAUUUCAGAGGCUACGUUUCUUUUACUGGCAACUUUUUCCGUUUUUCAGAAACCAGCAAUUUUGUUAACGUUCAGUGCCGCUUCCUGUGCAGGCAUCAAAAGUGGAUGAGGAAAAUUACUCCGGAAGUUAAGCCUUGUGCCUUUGGACUCUUUUGCUUAUACAUUUAGCUGGUCAGUGAAUUACAGCGACGACCGGUGGUUGGAAUGGUGCAGCUUUGCCUAGAGAUAGGAGCUAAGAAGUUGGGAGAUCUGCUGUUUCAGCCAGAUGUGUGCAUGAUAGAUUUUGUAAAGAACGUGGGAGUAGAAGUGAUCUAAUCCUAAGGACUAUUUAUAAAAGUGCAUAGAGCCACUUUUGAUGAUCUACAUUUAAUAGGGCAUUUUGAGAAAUUGUAUACUGAAUACUAGGUGCGUGAAAACUGAGGGCUUGGUUUGACUUAAAAUCUUUGAAAGCUGUUGCACAUUUAAUAGGGAAAUGGAGGGGUUGACAUCCCAUAUAUGUUGCAGUAUAGUUAAUAUCAGUCCCCAAGGGGGCAAAUUUAUUUAAGUUACACUAUCAGAUACCACAUUCAACUAUAAUAGAAAAUUCCAGCUGAUUUUUUUGGUGAAGCAACUUACUGUGGUAAAAGAUGGGUACAGAAUUUGGUUUUACAAAUAGAUUAAAUGUUUCUGGAGUGGCUUUAAAAUCCGGUAUCUGUCAUUCUAAAGUCCAUAAGAACACAGAGCCAUGACAGAUAACUCUUAACAUGAAGCCACAGCUACGUAAGAGCCUUUCCCUUUCCACAGCCAACCAUAGGAAGACCCAUCCUGUGUUUGGAGAUCUUAUUUUCUCGGUUAUGCCUGUUGCUGUAUGUAACCUUUCAGUUAAUUUUUGCAUAACCACUCUUUAAAGGAAAUGUUUUGCAUGUGAAAAGAAAUCAUGAAACAGACUGGCUUUUGAGUUGUGCAAGCAGCAUCAGAUGGAGGAGGCUGUUUCUUAUGUCUCUCGAGUCCAGAUCCAAAAUACAUUUUCAGGAGAGUUCCAAAUUGAGGGAAACAAUGGUUUCUGUGCUUAUUUUCCCCCCAUUCCUGCUAUUUACAAUCAAGAAAGAGUAGCCGUGCAGCAGUUCCUAAGCAUCUGUACGUGUGAGGUCCUAACAGGCUGUUUUAAUCAUUUUGUAAAAGUGAUAACUUACAGGUUUUGUUUGCACUAUAAUAUCCAAUGAAUAUAUAAGCCCUAAGAGUAUAGGUUAUCUUGAGGUGAUCCAGUCCGCUGGAAUUAGGAAAUUAAUGUUCUGAGCAUUCUGAAACAUUGAGAUUACAUGCAGUAUCAUAGUUUUAAAGUUUGCCUCCCCUUUCUUAUAGGAACAGAAUGGGUUAGACAAAUGUUAACUGCAGGCAAUGCAAACAUGGAGAUGAGACACUUCUUGACCUCCUUUGUCAAUAUUGAAAUUAUGGAUCUGGUAUUUCAUAACCCUGCCUCUAUCUGAAAUAUGCUGAAUUAGGUACCGUAACAUUUGAUCAGUGAUCCUGAAUACAUGUUCUCGGAACUGAGUUCAGUGCUCCCUAGUAAGUAUGCUUAGGAUUGCAGCUUUAAAUACAUUGCCACAGUAAGCCUAAUCUACAUUGCCUUGUUUCCAGGAUUCCUUGCUAUGAUCUGAUACUUUCUUGAACCUUCUUUUUUUUUCCAGUGAAGCUACAUACAUGUACUAUUUUCUAAAGGUAAAGUGCUUAGAUGACUUUCCCCAAGUGAGCAAAAUUCUGUUUCAAGAAUCAUUAAGCAAAUGUUGAGAAGGCCAUUGGUAACCCAUAGUUUAAAAAUACCUGUAUGGUCCUUGAUUAUGGUUCUGGGGAGGUCAUAUCAGGGAGAUCAGUAGAGGAGGAUGAACCUUUCCACUACUUCUGAUCUCCCCCUGCCAUAUGCAGCUAUAAUGAAACUGGGCAGUUGUAGACAUGGUGUCAAUUUGCGUGGAGCAGUGGCUGCGAACUAGAGCCCUUGUAUGCAUUAAAAGUCCACACUUGACCCCAGCAUCCAGAAGGAAGGACACUUUGAAUUCUGUGACUUCACCCAUAUUUAAUGAACAGAGUUUAAAAAGGAGCUGUAGAUGUUGGUAAAUGCUCAACUUAUUUUACUUAACAAACUAUCUUACUAAGCAGUUAAUGCUGCCACUAUAAAUCAACUGGGUUGGAUCCUGUGCCCGGUGAAAAGGAUGGUGCUGGUGGAGGUGGAUCUUUCCCACUGUCCCCGCAGCAGCCCGCUUGAACUCCAAACCUAUGAUGCUGGAGAGGGGGAACUUGCAUGGUCAGCCAUAUAACGUGAGUGGCUGUGGUGAGCCGAACGAAGUGAACGACAUUGCUCUUAGCCCUGCAGAGUGCUGCCUUUUUUGUGCUCCACAAGGGCUGCCGGGGAAGGGAAAGAAAACCUCCUCCUUCCAGCAACCUUAGAUUGGCAAUACAUAGAAUCUGCAAGGCAGUGACACCAUCUGAAAUUAGUGGGUCCUGCUUUUAUGUAACGCAUUUAUGGUAACAGCGUUAAGUGUCUAUGUGAGCUACUGGUACCAGUUAACUAUGAAAAGCUAACCUUUUGUGUAGGCAAGCUUACAGACUGUUCAGACUUUUAAAAUCAAACCUUUAAAUUAGCUUAUUUCAUCCCUCAACAUGAUUUUAAGUGGGUAAAUUCUUUUAAUGCAAACUAGUGUGGAAAGUUGCUUUCAUUGCUUAAUCAUAAAAUCCUCUCUUUAUACUGAGUGACCCGAGCAUUUCCUUUCUAAAAUUGAGGUGUCAUUCUUUGGUUUAUUACAAUGUGUGCAUGUAGUUUUCCACUGGAAUUUAAAGAAUGUCCUUUUGAGGGCAUUUUGCUCUAUGACCCACAGGCCAAAAGCAUGUUGUAAAGCAACAUAACAAUUGCAAAAAUUGAAUAAUGUCUUUUGUUGUUGUUGUUGUUGUUGUUGAGGAUGUUUUUUCAAAAACUGAAUAUUCAAAAGGAUAGAUCAAAUAGUCCAUCUUUCUAGUUAAACCGUGUUAGUUGUAAUAGCCUCACACCUAGGCCAGAUUAACACACACCUGAGAUCAGGGAUCAGUUUUCCUAGUUUCAUUUUUAUUUGAUAGUAGCCAUAUGGGGCUAUGAAUCUGACCAGCACACAAGCACCAUGGUGGGGGUGUUUAAUCCUUUUUCUCCUGUUCUAUUCCCUUCCGCACACAGGAUUAGAAUACCUUCCCUCUUCCAUUUCUGCUUUCCUGGUUCGAUUAAGAAAACAAGAUGGUGGGGUGUAAGGGGUUAAUCACUUUCACUCCAGUGCUACUAUUCGCAUCCAGUUCAGAACCCCAUGCAACUCCCUUUGAAUACAGGUACUGGGAAAGCCAAUCACAGAUACCCGUAUAAUGUGCACUUUGAUAUUAGCCAAGUGUGCUGCCUCACUUGGGUCAGGCUAAUGUUUUUUAUCUUGUGACCUCAGUGGAAAUAAAUAGGCUUAAGAGUUUAUGCUUUGCCUUAAGGAGGUCAAAAUUGGACUGCCUUUUUCCCUAGUUCUUAGCAAUCUGCAAUUUUCCCAGUAGUCUGCUUUGAAGUUUGAAAAAGAGGAGAACCUAAGAGCAAGAUUUCCUUUCAUGAAUGGCUACUUAAAUGCUUUCACUGUUCCGUCAUAUUCAUUAUAGGUCCCUUAUUUGGAGCAGUCAUCAAGGUAUACAUUCUGAUGCUUGUUCCCACAUUCUUUAGCAGCUACCAACGUAAGCCACAUGUGGAAGCCUAACAAUGCAUUGUGAUGCUUUGCAACUACUAGUUCAAAAUCUUUAGUCCUUUGUAUACAUUUCAUUUCUUCCUGUAAUCUGUGCUUUUUAGCCAGUAAACAUCAGUAUAUGCAGUACAGCGUUACUCCUCGAUUAUAUAUAUAGCCAUCCUUUGUGCAUCUUCAUAACUGCCAGUUUCUUAAUUUCCUUGCCAGUUAAUCCACAGCUUGGUCUCAGGGAAUUUGAGAUAGUUAGAAAACAGCAACAUGGAAAAGAAAAAACACUGUCCUCAGUUCUCAGAAUAGCCUUAUUGUGAUGCUUUCUUUUCUGAUUUGUACCAUAUCAUCUUGUAGAUCCUCAGCGGUGUCACUUGAUGGUUUGCAAAAACACUAACCACUAUGGAGCAGGCCUUAUUUGCUGCCCCUCCCUUGCCUCCAUCCCCAUUCCAAAAACCCAAGUGAUGUUGGCAUUCACUAAUAAGUUUGACUGUAAGCAGUUUUCAGAGCACCACUAUGCUGAUUUUUUUCCUUUCUGAUUUCAUUUCCAUUUUCAAGACAUCUUUUUUUGAACUUUCCUUUUUAUGAGUUGUAAGAACAUAUGAUGGCAAAGCACUAGGAUAUGCUGCGUUAUCCUGGGAGCACUGCGGAUUAAAAUUUACAGAGUCAUUAAAGGGCAUGACCUAAAUUCAAAAGCAAAAAUGUUGCCAUCUUCCUUGGCAUAAGACUCCCAUUUGUCAGCUCCCAUUUGUCAACAGGAAGAGGAAGAAUGGAAAUGCUGUAGUCUUUUAUACAGCAUUGGAAGGAUACAAGCAUAGGCCCUCUGUUCAACACAUGUGAGCCCUACUGAAAUGAACAAAGGUUGUCCCAUGAAAGUGACUAGUGAAUUAAAGUUCUGAAGUUUAGGCAAUAUGUGACCCAUUUAUUUGACAUCAAAGCUGUUUCCUAGUUUGCAAGACAACUGGGUGUUUCAAAAUCACUGGAUUAGAUACAAGCUUGUUUUUUUUAAACCCUUCUAAGCAUGUUUAACAGAACCAUAUACCUUAUAUUAAGGAUUACUUUGAAAUAACAGUUGAUUUAUUUUGUAAAGCGUCUUAACGUGUGUUUUGCCCUUGUUUAUUUCCAGUUGACACCCAUUCCUUAUUUUGGUGAUUGCUAAACUUGUAAAUGGUUUGCAUGCUCAUUUGUAUGCACAGAUGUAUAUAUUUCUUUCCCAGCUCCAUACCACAAAACUUGUGAUUGUGUAAUAUUUUACCACUGUAUGUUUGCACAGAAUACCAUUAAUAGUUUUGAUGCUAUACUGAAAGGAGCGUUUUUAGAUACAUUUCUUCAGUCCCUUCCCACUAUGGCCCAGUAAAAUCAAAAUGCUUAACCAUGGUUAGCAUCAAGGACUGUUGGUUGACCACACUGGUUAAGAUCCCAGGCAAAUGAAAUCAUGAUUUAACUUGGCGUGCUUAGCUUUGUCUAUAAAGGGUGUAUGUAUAAGGUAUACACCAGCAACUCCUGUAUGUUACCUUACAAAAGGAAAUACUGGAAAGAAUGAAAACUGCAGUGACAACGGUUUGCUUGGGUGGUUUUAUAAGCCAAUGUCCAGUUAAGGUUUGCAUUCUGGUUUGAGGCCAACCCUUAACCAAGGUUUUGUUCGGACAUAAGACUUAACGAUGGGAAAAUACUAUGGUUACGCAUUAAAUCGGAAAGCCUAUGUAGGAGAAUGUUCAGUUUUUUAAUAGGGUCAGACCUUUCAGAGAAAAUCCCGUGAACAUCUGGUUUUGCCAAGAGCAUCCUCUACUGUGAAAUAUGUUUUGAAAAUGUUUUAUAGACCAAUUGAUGCUUCCAAAUUGGUUGCCCUUGGUUGUUCUUCUGAUGGUAAUCUCUGGUUUGACACUGGGGUUUUAUAAACAUGUCAGAAGUCUACAGUCUUGGAAGUAAGUUCUAUUGAUAUCAGUCAGAGUCUAUUUUUAAAUCAAAUGUGUCUAGGAUGAGCUGCAAGACAUGUGUUCCCUACCAGCUUUAAAAGUUGGAAGGGACUUCGGUGUUAGUUUUUGAAGGGCUGGUAGGAUUAGAGUUCUACAAAUCAUGCUUAUGAAACCUAUAAUGCAGUCCUUUUAAAGGAAAGGCAGAGAAAUUUAAGGUGGCAUCUUAACAGAGAAGAACUUAUUUUAUUUAACUAUAGAUUUAAUGACUAGGUUUAAAAAUGAAAUCUGAUUUGUAAUGUACCUAAUGUAAGAUCAGACUUAUAUCAAAAUAAACUU